AUGGCUUCUCAAUUGAAACAUCUCAAAGUAUCGCCUAAAGAGGCUCACACAGCUACAGUGAUCUUCUUGCAUGGUCUGGGCGAUAGUGGACACGGAUGGCUACCCGUUGCCAAGAUGUUAUGGUCCUCUUUCCCCAAUGUCAAAUGGAUAUUACCUCAUGCGCCUCAAAUACCAAUAACGUUGAAUGGUGGAAUGACCAUGCCAGGAUGGUUCGAUCUUUCAUCCCUGGACAACCUCACAGACUCAACUUACGAUGACGAAUCCGGAAUGCUCGCGUCGGUAGCAGCGGUGGACAAGUUGAUUCAGAACGAGGUAGACGCAGGUAUACCAGAAAACAAAAUAAUCUUAGGUGGUUUCUCCCAGGGAGGUGUCAUUUCCAUAUUAACAGCUUUGACCUCCAAGCGGAAAUUGGGUGGGGCAGUAGGUCUGUCAACUUGGGUAGGGCUGAAUCAUAAGAUUGAAAAUAUAAAAUCAGCUCAUGCAAAUGAAAUUCCAAUUUUCUGGGGUCACGGUACGGCUGAUCCAGUAGUAAAUUACGAAUAUGGUCAACAAUCUAUAGAAUUAUUGACCAAGAAAUUGGGAUUCCCCUUGCUUUCCAAGGGGACGACAUUCCAAAGACCUGGUGUGAGAUUUGAGAGUUAUCAGGGAUUACCACAUUCAUCUUCGCCUCAGGAGAUCGAGGAUCUGAAAGGUUGGUUGGUGGAAGCGUUGAAAUAG